GGCAGGACGUUCCUGGCUUUCCUCACGGACCACCUUCUGCUUGGAUUGGAAACGGACUCUCCCAUGGGGUCCAGGUAAACCCGUGGGAGAGGAUGGCCCACGAGAAAGGCUGCACUCGGACAGCCUGGCUGCCUGUCCUGUUGGCGUCCUUGACGUGCUCGGCGGGAGCGGAGUACUCCAGCUGCGGGGAGAACGAGUUCUACAACCAGACCACCGGGCUGUGCCACGCGUGCCCCCAGUGCGGGCCGGGGGAGGAGCCCUACUUGUCCUGUGGCUAUGGCACCAAAGAUGAGGACUAUGGCUGCGUCCCCUGCCCCGCAGAGAAGUUCUCCAAAGGAGGCUACCAGAUAUGCCGACGCCACAAAGACUGUGAAGGCUUCUUCCGGGCCACGGUGCUGACUCCAGGGGAUGCGGAGAACGAUGCUGAGUGUGGGCCUUGCCUCCCCGGCUACUACAUGAUGGAAAACCGGCCCAGGAACAUCUACGGCCUGGUCUGCUACUCCUGCCUGCUGGCACCGCCACACACCAAGGAGUGUGUGGGAGCCACCGUGGGAGUUUCUGCCAACCUCCCCCGCACACCUGGCGGCAGCACCCUCUCCCCGGCCCAGCACGCCCACAAAGCAGAGCUCUCGGGCCAAGGACACCUGGCCACGGCCCUGGUCAUCGCCAUGUCCACCAUCUUCACCAUGGCCGUCAGCAUCGUCCUCAUCAUCGUCUUCUACAUCGUGAAGGCCCGGCCUCCCGCCCCAGCCUGCUGCGCCAGCCCCCCUGUGAAGAGCGCGGAAGCCCCCAUGUGCGAGGAAGAGGAGAAGAAAGAGGCCCCAGAAAAUGUGGUGAUUUUCUCUGAGAAGGACGAAUUCGAAAAGCUGACAGCUGCUCCGGCAAAGUCUGCCAAGAGCGAGAAUGACGCCUCAUCAGAGAAGGAGCAGCUGCUGAACCGGAGUCUGGACAGCGACGAGGACCCGGCCCCCGACGGGCAGGGCUCUCCAGAGCGGUGCUUGCUGUCGCUGGUCCACCUGGCCCGGGAGAAGUCGGCCACCGCCACCAGAGCGGCCGGGAUUCAGAGUAGAAGGAAGAAGAUACUGGAGGUGUACGCCCAGGUGUGCGGGGUCGCGGAAGGCCUCAGCCCCACAGAGCUGCCGUUCGACUGCCUGGAGAAGGCCAGCCGGAUGCUCAGCUCCACGUACAACUCGGAGAAGGCGGUGGUGAAGACGUGGCGCCACCUGGCCGAGAGCUUCGGGCUGAAGCGGGACGAGAUCGGGGGCAUGACGGACGGCCUGCAGCUGUUCGACCGCAUCAGCACGGCCGGCUACAGCAUCCCGGAGCUGCUGACCAAGCUGGUGCAGAUCGAGCGGCUGGAUGCUGUGGAGUCCCUGUGCGCAGACAUCCUGGAGUGGGCCGGGGUCCUGCCACCCACACCGCCCCCACCCCCUGUGUCCUGAGGAGCGCGUGGAUGGGCCGGGAUGGAGGCGGGCUCUGCAGCGGGAGCGGUGUCCGCAGACCCCAGAAUCGGGCUUUCUCCGCUGGCAAGCCUGGUCCAGGGAGCAAUAGGAAACUGGGGCCUGUCUUCCUGUCUAACCAAACCCAGGAGAUGUGCGCUGGGGUCACCAGGCAGAGGGAGUCUGUGUUCGUCUGGCUGCCCUGCCACUCCUUCUCCGCGGACACGGCUAGUCCCCACCCCACGUGCCCGAGCAGUGUCAGGGGACAGAGGUGGAGAUCUGGUCCAGGUUUUGGGGAGACACAGAGACAUGCCUGGAGCUGCUUUUCUGGAAGACGGCACACAACCCGCGGGAGGGAGGUCCUGGAAACGUGAGCACGGCUCGGAGAGGAGAUGGCGCCCACGGGGGACGAAGGGAGCCGGGUGUCCUCGUGAAGAAAGCGGCUCCAAAGUUGGGAAAAGGCUACAAAAUGCAGAACCUGCUGCAUGUGUGGCGUCUGGCUCUGCUCACGUCUGAGUCCUAGGUGUCCCUGAGGUCACCUGUGUCCCUCUGGCCUUCCGCGGAACGACAGCCCCUCUGCAUCUGCCUUGUGUGCUGUCUGUGGGCUGUGGCCGACCUCACUGCUGUGCGUGGCCCGGGCUGGGAACCAGGGUCCCUGGACGGCCUUCCACUCUGUCCUCAGUCGGACUUGACCCCAUGAGGGCAGCAGUGCUCAGGGACAUGGGCCGUUUGCUUCAAGCAGAAAUGAGCGGUCAGCCGAGGGGCUGGCCACGUGACUCCAGGUCUCCAGAGGGCCUCAGACGUGGAUGCACUGUGUGGCGCCUUCCGAGCCCAUGGGGACUGUGGGGACCGGCAUCCGGGACCUGGUGUGGCUUUGCCAACGUGGGCCGUUCCCUUCCCCUAGCCAGCCCAGCGCAUCUGCCACGCAGAGUCAGGGAAGGAAGGUUCGGGCCAGCGAAAGUGAGUUGGGGCUGGAGGAAACACCAGGCCUCUGCGGGGCUGCCCCCGUAGACGUGCAUGCCGCCCGAGCCAUCAGGUGAAACGGGAAUGAAAACAGAAGAAUGCAGAAUUGAGUUUUCACCGUAACUGCGAGUGUUCGUCCCCCGUUUAGAGAGAAAGUUAAUGGUCGGGACUUGUUCCUGCAAAUUCUCUCACAUCUGCCACCGCCCGAGACUGGGAAUUAACGGGGUAACUCAGAGCUCUCUGCUGAGCCCCCACGGCAGGCCUGAGUGCGGUUGUUUCUAAAUUAAACCAGUCUCCGGCUUACAAAGCAGUGUUUUUAAAAUGAUAACUCAAGCGACCCAGCAAAUGCUUUUGGAGAGGAAAUCAGUGUGUGUUUAGAGCAGCAAGCGACUUGGCACUGGGGAACGCAGACAUCCUGACAGGUCGGAAUGGUGGAGUCCGCACUCAGUGUGCUCACUGCUGCCCUGCCUGUGUGCUGUGACCUGAAGGCUGAAUUCUCCACAGCACAACUUGACCCGCUUUUAAUUCCUCUCUGGCAUCCUGGGUGCCCUGCUUUCUGCAGCCGCCCCAGGGAGGCUGCAAGCAUUGCACGGGUGAGCGGCUGCCCUGGACGACAGGGGCAGGGGCAGGGGCGGCCUGGUUUCCCGCUGUCAGAAUUUAGGGCUGGGGGUCUUGCUGGCGUCAGGCCUGUUUUGGGGACUCAAGCUGCCUGUGUAGGGGGUUCGUCCUCAGAGUCACAUGUUCCUUUGUCAUUUACUUAUUUGGAAACAAAUCCAGGAAAGGUUUGUUCUGGUGAGCUCUAGCCUGCGUGGUGGAAGGCGGGUCAGUGAGACCACAGGGCAUCACUGAGCAGAGCCGGGGCUCCGCCCUGCCUGUCCCACCGGGGACAACGUUCCAUGGUUUUGCUGUAAUAAAAACAUUUAGAAAAGCCCCAGGCUAAGCUGUGCCCUUGGCCAGCGACGUCUUAAUCAGCAAUACUUGUGUCUAAUUCUGUUUUUAUAACUUAUUAUAUUUUACAGUUUCAAUAAACAAAUA